AUGGAUUGGUUAUGUGAGCGCGCUAUUUUGACCCCCAAAAAUGAAAGGGCACCUGUGAUUAAUGAAAUUUAUCUUAAAUCAUUGAAGGGAACAGAAAUAGAGUAUAAGUCUAUAGGCAUGGUACUGAAGACGGAUGACGCAGUUCUCUAUCUUGUGGAGAUUCUCAACGCACUUAAUCCCCCUGGCUUUCCAGCACAUAAGUUAGUCCUUAAAGUAGGAACUCCAAUUAUGCUGUUGCGAAAUCUUCAUCCACCCAAACUCUGCAAUGGUUGUGCUCAAGGAGAAUCAACGAUUAUACCACGUAUACCACUUUUAUCAUCAAAUUAUCCAUUCGAAUUUAAAAGACUGCAGUUUCCUAUCAAGGUAUCUUUUUCGAUGACUAUAAAUAAGUCGCAAGGGCAGUCGUUGAAGAUAGCAGGGAUUGACUUGAGUGAUGACUGCUUUACACAUGGGCAAUUUUAUGUGGCAUGCUCCAGAGUUAGUUCACCUACGAGCUUAGUCAAUCUUGCCCCAAACUGA